AUGAUCCAUAUGGGAUCAGUGACGGACAGUGAGCCAGGGAAAUCACAGGUCAGCCACAGAGUUCAUCAGGAAGCAAAUUAUUAUAUGGGAUCACAACAGAUAACAUCAGGCAUGGUGAUGAGAUGCUUUCUGAGGAGACACUGUGUGUCAGCAGUCGGCCGCUCCCUGACAGCUGGAGGCUGGCCUUUCACUGUGUGCCCUGCUGGCCUGAGAGAGGCAUGGGGUGUGUGGUAUCUGUGUUUAGGGUGCACAGAAGAGGCCGACGCGAGUGGAGAGGUUGUUGCUUUGCUGUCUCACCCCACCACUACGUUCUCUUGGAGGUGGUUUCGUCUCCUAAGAUUGGAGGCACAUUUCUGUCUUGGGGCCUUCACCAACAUUUACUUGUUCACCCCUGUCAUUUACUACUUCUUACCUGAAACAAAAGGCUCCGAGUUGGCAGGUAAACUGGUCUACAUAUGCAUCACUGGCUUGGCAGUGCUGCCAAGAGUGGCCUUGGCAAUCAAACAGCCGUCUAAGACAACAAUGGCUUCUCUUCUCUGUUUCAGAUUACUUGCCACGUAUAAUAGCCUCACAGACAAACACCUGGCUGGGUAUUUCAGCAAUACCAGAAUCAGGCGGCAUCUCCUAAGAUCCGGGCUGAUCACGAGAAGUGGGAGGAUACUUUCUGAAAAGGAACAGAAAGCAAACACCAUGAAGCGGGAUCAUCAGAAACACAUCCGGGAGUGCUUAGCCCAAGCCAUCUUCCACAAGGUCCUCGACAUGGAGCGCUACCACCAGCUUGAAAUAAAACGGAAACUGGAUACCUUAGCUCGGAAGGAGCGGAUUCAGAGGCUGAAGGGAGAACAUACAAGACGUUUUAUUGAAGAUAACAUGCCCAUUCUGACACCCCACCCCCCAGCUGGCCCAAAGACUAACCGUGGCUGUAGCAUUCUGGCUGAGGAAGGACGUUCUAGUCCAUUAACACUGACAGCCCCUCGACCAUAUACUGCCCCAGGAAAUAUGCAGCCACCGAUUCGAUUGCAGCCUCUUCUCAGUAAUCACACAACGAGAAAUGUUUCAAAGAUAACUCCAGAGUCCAAACCCAAAAUCUCACUGAUGGAAAACGAAACUCCGUUUCCUAUUGGGGGCAAGAAGGCGAUGAUGAAGUUCAGGAACUCCAUGGACAAUUCUCAGAGGCUGGAUGCCUACCAACUUCCAGACAUUAACAUUUGCCAGAUACCUUUCCCCCCGACACCCCAGCCCCAAGCAGGAAAGACCGUCAGGGAGAACAGGUUCGAGCCUUGGAGGAGGAAGAGAUUGCGUCCCAUCACCGCUCCCAAUGGCUUAGAGCCCCUCUGCACCAGGGACCCAGGGAGGAUUUACAAAGCAGCACCGCACAGCAAUGCAAUUAUCACAAUGAUCUAUUUUGGGAAAAAUGUGCACCUAUCUUAUGAGGACACAGACUUUCGAGAUGAAAUCAAGAUUUACCAACAGCACUGUGGAGGAGAGAACCUUUGUAUCUACAAAGGCAAACUGCUUGAGAAAGACACCUUCCAGUUUAUCUCCAAGCGACACCAUGGCUUCCCCUUCAGCCUCACCUUCUUCUUGAAUGGGAUCCAGGUGAACAGGCUGAGCUCCUGCUGUGAGUACAAGCACCGCAGGAGCUCGAGGCUCGGAGGCAAGCGAGGCUACUUCGGGUUUGUGAAUGUGGAGAAGGCAUCUCCCUGCUACAGAUGCAUUAUUGCCAUGGGCCUUGACAGAAAACCAUUUUCAGCAAAACCUAGGAAGGAAAAGAUUGCUGAGAAAAAGGAGGAGCCACUGAAGAGGAGUCAGGGGAAACUGAGGAAAGACAGAGAGAAUGCACCAUUGAGAAGGAACGAGAUGGAAGGGAAAGAAACCUCGGUCUCAGCCACUUUUUCAGCUGAGGAACUAAAAUCAGGGGUCGGAGAAGUGAGGACGGCUAUGGAGGAGAUGGAAUGGAAGGGCAAGUCAGGACAAGAUGUCUGGGAAGAGGACCAGGAAAACACUUUUACAUACGAGUACGAAGAAGAUUUCGAAGUGGAUGAGGAAAAGCAAGAUGAGAGAGCUGAGGAUGAGGGUCAGGCUGAAGAUCAGACAAGCGUAACAGCCAAGUCGCCCGUGGAAGGAGAAAAAGAUAAUUUCAGCCUUGAAAAGGAGAUUGAAAUCUCUUCAGAGAAGCCACCCGAUGCCCACGCCCAUGAGAACGGCGAGGAUGACGGGUGCUCGGACAGCGAAGAGGAGGAUAAACAAGAUAUUAAGACCGUUUCUUCGAACUCGUCUAGAAGUCACCCCUACUCCAGUGAAAGCGAAGAUGAAUCUGCGGAGCCGAGCGCAGAUGUUCACUCCGGAAACAGUGCAGGGGGAAGUUCCAGAAGUUCCUCUUCUCAGGACCUACACGAAAGCGACGACCAAGGAAAAUACCAUGUCCCAGUCGAAGAGUCCUUGGAAACUGAGAUCGAGGAGCAAGAAAUCUCUACAGUAGAAGAGGUUAACGGACCUCUGCUGACAGAGGUUAGUUGUUUGCCUGCUACUGAGGAAGAACCAGUGGAGGUAACCGAAGAGAUUACAGAACCCAAGACGUCUGGGCAGUCGGCUUCCCCAGAGGCACAGGUUAGAAAUCAGCUCCAGGAAGGAGGCACCUCCGUGGUGGAGGACAGAAAAGCCGACCUCCCUGGGCUGGAAGAAGAGGUUGUACAGAAAACAGGUGAAGCCCAAGCACCUGGUUUCUACCGCUCCAACACUGCAGCUGGACUUAGCAGCCCAGGGGAUGAGGUGACACCCACGAGGAAACUGGAGGUCAACCUGGGAAGAGGUUACUUUGUGUCUCCUUUUAUUUUUGUGGUGCCAAAUGGAAAUUCAGUGGUGGAGGAAAGAGCAGCCUUCAGCUCACAUGAGCAACCGGAGCAGGCUGCACAGGAGGAAUGCACGCCAGAGAAGGAAUCAGCCAUGGAGGAAGAUGAACGUUCCCAGCCUGAGGAUGCUAACGCAGAAGCUCAACUGAGGAAGAAAGCAGAGACGGAGGAAGCUGAAGGCCGCCAUACCCUGGAUGCUGAUAUGGCUGCUGGGCUGAGGGAGAAAGCGGGGAUUGCAGAGGUCUCCUUCGGGGAGAGGAGCCCCAGGGAAGAGCAGCCAGCGUUAGCAGAGCAGUCUUCAAAGAAAGGAGAACACCCUCUGAGCACAGCUAGUGAGGCUGAGGCUGAGGCAGGCGCAGAAAGACAUAGCACACAUGAUGAGAAACAAUUCACACCCGCAGGAAAACCAACAGCGGUCGACUCAGUGUUUCUAAGUGGAGACCAAGCUCUGGACAGUCAGAGGGAUAUGGGCUCUGACAGGCAGACAGUUAUGGAGAAAGGAAAGACAGUUUCUGAAAGUGAGCAGAUAUUGGAAAAGGCAGUGCUCACAGAGAACUCAGUGCUCAGCUCAGAGAUCUUUGGGGAAUCAGCAAUUAAAAAAGAAGCAGAGGCUCCUGAAAUGGAGGAGGGGAAAAAAGAGGUGGCCACCUCAAGACCAGAUGGGGACCAAGGCACAGAGGGAGCCCUUACAGAGCUAGAGGACAUGGAGCCUGUGGCAGACACGGCACCAGAGAGAGAGGGUGGUUUUGAAGAGGCAAUACUUGGAAGAGAGACAGCAGCUACAGAGAGGAAGGAAGUUCUAGAAGCAGAAGAACCCUUGAGUUCCUCAGCAGGAGAGGCAAGCUCCACGGAGGUUGUCCAGGGCAACCCUGAGGAACUCUGUCAAGAAGACACAGCAAGGGAGGGAGUUACAGCUGGCGCAGAAUCUGCCCUGGAACAGGAUCUCAGAGCAGUGCUCCCUGGGGAAUCUGCUGCAGCUGAAGACGGGAAGAAAGUCGAGAGAUGCUCUACACCUGUGAGAGAAACUGGAUCUGAAAGAGAAGCGGAGACAGGGGUCAAGGUGUUAAAGACGGCAGAGAAGUUAGAAGAGCAAAAAGUUAAAGGGAAAGAGGAGGGCACAGAGAAGGAAGCGAGGUCUGGGGAGAAUGAGGAGGGCACAAGGAAGGAAAUCAGGUCUGGGGAAGAGGAGGGCACAGAGAAGGAAGCGAGGUCUGGGGAAGAGGCCCAUGCAUCCCCCAACAAGAUGGAGCCUGAUACUAAGGAUGUAGAUCCCACAGGAGCAACCGAGUUGAGUAAGAACCCAAGGCUUCUAGAAGAUGCACCCAAAGAAAGAACCGUUGCCUUGUUUGAUGCAAGACCUCAAUUUGGGAAGUCACUGGGAGAGAAUGAAGCCACAGCCACAGAGCACAAAGGCGCAGAAGAGGUCUCAGGCCAGGAGAGUGAGGCUCCAUUGCAGCAGAGGAAGCCACUAAGCCAUCAUGGAAAGGGCUUGUUAGGAGACCCUGGACCCGGGCCAGCAGGCAGAGCUCUGGGGCCUGAGAGUACUUUCACAGCCGGAGGUCAAGAGGGGGCUUCCAAAGAGCUAGGCAGCCUCGAAGGACCAGAGAGACUGGGUGAGGAAGGGUCUUUGCAAGUGCAAAGAAGGGACAUCGUGAUGACACACAGAGAUCUUCCAGAGGAAAGACUCCCCAUAGCAGAGGUGUCUGGUAAAGAGAGUGUGGGUGAGAAGCCAGAGAAAGAGGGGCGUGAGGAUAAGGACCACCCUCCAGGGACAUUGACUGGCAGCCUGGCAGGGCAGGACACAGUCAAAGAUGAGGAAAAUCCUUAUAGAGGAGGGGUUGAAGAAACAGCUUCAGAGCAGACAGAAGUGUUGGCAGCGUCAAUGUCAACUUAUGGGGACAGUGUGGCCUCCUCCUCUGCAGUUGUCCAGAAGGAAGCUUCAGGAGACACAGCAGCUGAGGAAAGGGUGACGACUGAGGGCAUGGGGUCAAGCACAGAGAAGGUGGCAGUGGUAAAGGAAGUGACAUCAGCAGGGGUUGCAGAGAUCACACAGGAACCAUAG